CUCAUGAUGUCUUCUUCCGAAACUGAAUAUAUUACGGAGGAGGACGAACAUGAACCGUCAGUAUCCUCCGCUCCGGUGCCAGUUAGUCCCAAUCAAAAUCUUCAAGCCAGUCCAUCGGUGACAUUUUCGCCAUUGGUGUCCAUCACUUUGGUGGCUGGCAUCCAUGAAGAAUCCUUCUUUGAUUUGGAGUCAAACUAUUCCGAGACCGGAGCUGCUUCCACGACUAGGAUGGAACUUAGUCCGAUCCCGGAUCAUUGGCUUAAUGGCCUACGAUCGGUGCCAGCUACUACAAAUUUGAGGCCCAGGACGAGGCGUCGCUGGAACUCCGCAAGCCGCUCGGUUUCGCCAUCGCCAUCACCAUCAUCGACGUCGAACUCGUCAUUACUUCGGCGGCCAUCGAUCCUGAGGAGGCGUACAGGUAAUCGGGCUUUUAGUGUGGCUCAAGCCCAAGCUAUAUUUCGGGCUGAAAGGUUGAUGACUGGAUCCCUCACCGAUGUCGAUGACUACUCCGAUGUGGACACCGCGGAGCGCUGUCAUCGCAUCGUUUUUGCCCGAGCUCCCCGGCGUGGCAAUAGUAUCAGCGAUUGCAGUCAGUUCAGCAGCGAUGAAGAACAAGACAAGAUCAAGAGCAAAAACAUGAAGUCCACAGUUCCAAGUCACCUGGCCGAAUGGUUGUAUCCAGUUUAGGAUAUAAUGAUCCAUUAAAACCUUUUUGUUCAAAACCUUUUUGUUUAGGAAUUCAUGGAACUAAACCCUACUGUGCUUUGGCUAUUAAAAGUGGGCUCCUUACGUAAAGAAUUUAAAAAUGGAUGG